AGAACAAAAAGCUAUUGGAGAUAAUGCAGAAUGAUGCAGGAAAAGUAAUGUAAAUGUCACUAAACUCCCGGAAAAAGCUCAGAACCUUUGUUUCAGUGGAGAUUUCGAGCAGGUUCCGAGCUUCGCCACUAGAUGGCAGCCAACGUCAUGGCAACGACGCAGUCAGCUGGCUAAACUCUGCCGGUCGCGUCGGCUGGCGGCGGCGCGCUGUGGCGCCGCUGUGGGUCCCUGCUGCACGUUCGGUGCGCCGGCCGGCACUUCGCGUGAGGGUGCUGCGGUGUGUGGGUGUGGAGACGGCUGUGGUGAACACUGUUGGCAUGGCAAUUCGCUUAGGGACACGCUGCGCAGCAAUGACUUAAAGAAGUUUGUGUCCAGACGGAUUGCCAGCUUCAGCUCGCGCUCUCCGGACCUUGGACGCGUUACAGGUCAUCGCCGGUGAAUUCGUGAUGAUGGAAACGGUAAACGGGCGGUAUUCCCUUCAGCCGGACCAAUACAGCCCACAUAUUAAGCGAGUUCUGAAAAGCUACCGCUCAUCAGCUAUGGACAGCCUUUCCGGACCACGUGAGUUCACCCAUUUCAAGCGUGAGGCGAAUGCUAGUGAUGAUGACUGUGUGAAGCCUAAUGCAACCAUCACUUCAUCGAAGUCUGUUUCUCUCGUUAACGUGCCCAAGGCGACCUCGGACAAGCGUGUAUGUGACCUUUCAUCGGAUGCGUCGGGGGUGAAGCAGGCAAGCAGUGACAGUGACUCCCCUAGGGAGUGCAGCCCGUCUCCCCCGCGUAUCCCCUUCCCCCCGCCCAUCCUCUCGGCUCCCGACCAAGCCUGGGGCGAGGUCAGUGAGACCUGGCUGGAGGGCGAGACUAUUUCUUGUUUUUCUGUAGGUGGUGAGAAGCGACUUUGCCUCCCACAAGUGCUUAACUCUGUCCUGCGUGGAGUCAGCAUUUCACAAAUCCAUGGUGUUUGCGACGAGCUGCACAUUUUCUGUUCAACGUGCAGCAAGGAGCAGCUGGACGUGCUGAAGAAGAGCGGCAUCCUGCCGCCGAGCGCCUCCCAGUGCGGACUGAUCACUAAGACAGACGCCGAGCGGCUGUGCAGUGAACUGCUGAACGGCAGCGCGCCGCAGCUCCUCAAGUCCGAGUAUGAGCUGGGCACCGCCAACCAGCGUAUGGACGUGCACCACAAGUGUUUCGGCAAGUGCCGCGGCACGCUGCGGCUCGAGCUGUACACCUCGCCGCCGGCGCCCUGCAUCGAAUGCAACGAGUGCCGUGGCCUGUUCGCGCCCAUCAAGUUCGCCUCGCACACGCACGAGAACCGAGAGACGCGGACGGUGCACUGGGGCUUCGACAGCUCCAAGUGGAGGAACUAUCUGCUCUUGUGUCCCGGCCAGGCCGACAUGGAAACCAAGGAGGCGCUGUUCAAGGAGUUCAAGAACAAGUUUGACCUGACGCUCAAACGGAAACAGCCGCCUGCCGACGAGGCGCCGGACGAGAAGCGCUGCAAGCUGGAGGAGCCGGCGGCGGCGGCCGGCGGUCCGGGCGCGCUGCUGUACCCGAUCGGCCUGCCGGACCCGGCGCUGCUGUACCGUUGGCACGGCUGGCCGUAUGUGGCCGCCCUGCCGCGCCUGCUGCCGCCGCCGCCCACCGCCGCCCACACGGUCACAAAGGACACCCCGCACUCCCGCUCGUUCCUGUCGCACGACCCGCCGGUGCUGCUGCAUCCGGACCGGGUCGUCAAGAACGAGGACGCCAAGCAGCACGAGCGACACUUCCAGCCCAAUGUGGCGCUGGCCCCGCACAAGUCGCCGCCCACCUCGGAGCCCGCUGCGCCGCCGCCGGCCGCCGCCACCGCUGCCCCCAAGGCGCGGGCGGCGGACAGCGACGCUGCCGAGCUCCUGUCCAACCUUGACUCGGCGGUGGCGCGGGUCAGCGCGCUGGUGGGACCGCUGCCGGCCGGCGACCGGGUCUCUGUGGUGGACACCGUGCGAGCUCUGGCAGACGCCGUCACCCGGCUGAGAGCAGAGAACAAACAGAAAACGACCCUUCUGGAGGAGCGGACGGCCCACCUGCGGGACCUGAUGGUCACCCAACAGAAGGACGCCGCCGCCAGACAGGCGCGCACAGAGGUCGAGGAUGCCAACGACGAGAAGACGGCCGUCCUGGACUGCAGCCGCCGCACCUCGCCGCAGGCCGGCUCAACUCCCGUCAGCACCGUCGGCGAAUAGCGCCGCAUUCCGCCGCCGGCGGCGCCACCGUCGCGGCUAUAGGCGGCGCUGCCGUCGCCGCCUGGAUGCGUGAUACGGGCCGCGGUCGCUUCCCAAGGGAGCUGACCGCCGAACUGCAGCCUCGGGCAGAGCGAGAGAACGAGAGCGCGAGCGAGAGAGGGAGAGAGAGAGCGAGCGUAGCGGGUGAUUUGUGCCGGCGCUGGCUGGCGCCGCCAGCGCCGGGUUUUGGGGCGCCUGGCGCCGCGCCGCGCCGCGCCGCGCCGCGUGCGCCGGCCGCCCUCCGGCUGUGGAUGUUCUGUGGAGGGCUGCGCCGCGCGCCGCGCGCCGCCGUCGUCUGUGUUAGUGGCGGCCCGCCGCCGGCCGCGCCACAUUUUUGUGAUGGGGAGUCAACUGAUGAUACCCGCCGUAACACUACCUGAAUUUUACCUCAUUAACAAAGCUACCGACAGAUCAGUAGAGCGGGGGCGCGUCCGUGUGCUCUCUCAGCUGUCGUGGCGUUCGCUGCUUCUUCCCGUUUCAGUGGCCGCUGCGGCCGCGGCCGGCCGGCUCCGCCGCCGCCGUCUGUGCGCCCGCGCGCGCUCUCCGCGCCGUGUCGUGUCAAAUCUCUUUGGGGGUGUGCGCGCUGGCUCGGUGGUAUUCUGUAGAGCGGCGCGCGGCUGGGCGGGCGGCGCCGCGCGCGCCGGGCCGCCGCCGCCCGCCCGAUAGUACCUGAUGGCACGUGAUGCUCGGUUUCUUGUUAAUUGUAGACGCCUCCGCGCUGUGCGGAGCUGCCACUGCCUACCGAAGCUGCCAACCGAGUGCGCGCGCGUGUGUGAUCGCUCGGCCCAGAGUCGCGCCGCCACACACGCGCCCACAUACUACACACAUACACACAGCGAAAUUGGUGUCGUACAAUAUCUUUUUGUUCUGUCUCGGCCGGUCGCGCGGGCGCCCGCAGCUCGGGAGUCCGCCGCGCCGCGCCGCCAGUCUCGGUUCAGUUCGGUCUCGGCGGGACGGCGGCGGCCGCUCCUCGUCCCCUGUCCGGUAUAUUGCGGAGGGGCGGCCGCGGCCGCUCCUUUUCCCCUGUCCGGUGUAUUGCGCAGCUAGCGUACAGUACAAGAUACUCAGUCGGUUUUUGUAAGCGCAAGAAAGCUUCGUCGGGACGCUCAUUGUGAUACGGGAGGUCCAUGCGGCAGAGGUGGGAAUCUGUGGUUCGGUCCGGCGCCGGCAGAUGGCAGUCGCUGUGUUGCGGUCCUGCUUUUCAGCACGCGGUGAAUAUUUGUUCUUGUGCAUGUUCGUUAUCGAUGCUGCUCGCUGCUUUUAGUAUAACAUUUAAGUUUUGUUUUGAAUAAACAUUGAAUCGUUACCGG